CGGGGAUGCUGCGGGGCACCGGGGGACAGCGACGGGAGAGCGGCCGCAGCAUCCCGGCCGAGGAGAUCUGCCCCUCUUCUUGGCGCUGGGGAGGCUGCGCUGGGAGGAGAACGGCUUCCUCUUGCAAAAAGUGGGAUAUUUUGAUUUAAGCGAAGGGAAAGGUUCUUCACCCAGAGGGUGGUGGAGCACUGGAACGGCUUUCCCAGGGAAGCAGUGAUGCCACUGAGCCUGACAAUAUUCAAGAAGCAUUUGGACAAUGCACUCAGACACAUGGUGUGAAUGCUGGGAUUGUCCUGUGCAGAGACUGUUUUUUCAGGCACUGUUCAUUCUUUGAUGAUAAAAACAUCUUGUGUUCAGUAUGAUCUUUGCUGAACAGAUGUGUCUUCUUCUGUAAUCAUCUCUGUUUGGAGUUUCUCCCUGUCUCAAAGAUGAAAAGCUAAGUCUUGAAAACAUGAUUCCUGCAACUGUUCACACUGUCCUGAGUGCUCUGUAUUUAUGCUGCCACAGAAAGAAUUGGUUACACUCAGAGGAGAAACAUAAGAAACACGAAGGACUGAAAUGCGCUUGCAGCUAAAGAAUCCUCAUCAUGAAUAGGUAUACAACUAUCAGACAACUUGGUGAUGGAACCUACGGCUCUGUCCUCCUAGGGAGAAGCAUUGAAUCUGGAGAGCUAAUAGCCAUUAAAAAAAUGAAGAGAAAGUUUUAUUCCUGGGAGGAAUGUAUGAACCUUCGAGAAGUUAAGUCUUUGAAGAAAUUAAACCAUGCCAAUGUAGUAAAGCUGAAAGAAGUUAUCAGGGAGAAUGAUCACCUGUAUUUUGUGUUUGAAUACAUGAAGGAAAAUCUGUAUCAGUUAAUGAAAGAAAGAAACAAACUGUUUCCUGAGUCUACUGUUAGAAAUAUUAUGUAUCAGAUCCUGCAAGGGCUUGCAUUUAUCCAUAAGCAUGGGUUCUUUCACAGAGACUUGAAACCCGAAAAUCUCCUUUGCAUGGGACCAGAACUCGUGAAAAUAGCAGACUUUGGCUUAGCCCGAGAAAUCCGAUCUAGACCUCCUUACACUGAUUAUGUAUCCACAAGAUGGUACAGAGCUCCUGAAGUUCUUCUGAGGUCCACCAGCUAUAGUUCUCCAAUAGAUAUUUGGGCUGUUGGUUGUAUAAUGGCAGAAGUUUACACACUAAGGCCUCUCUUCCCAGGUGCCAGUGAAAUCGAUACUAUAUUCAAGAUUUGCCAAGUCCUGGGGACGCCAAAGAAGAACGACUGGCCUGAAGGCUACCAACUUUCAGCCUCCAUGAAUUUUCGCUGGCCUCAGUGUGUACCUAACAACCUGAAAACCCUCAUACCUAAUGCAAGCAGUGAAGCGGUGCAGCUCAUGAGAGACAUGCUGCAGUGGGACCCCAAAAAGCGACCAACAGCUAGUCAGGCGCUUCGAUAUCCGUACUUCCAGGUUGGGCAUGCCCUGGGCGUUCAGGAACUGGGGAAACAAAAGGAACUGCAUAAUAAGUCAUCUCUGCACGUUAAGCCUGUCCCUCCAGCACAACCGCCUCCGAAACCUCAUGCUCGCAUUUCAUCAAGGCCUUUUCAACAAAGCCAGUCUUCUCAGCACUUGCUGUACCCUUAUAAGACAGACAACUCUGGGGCUGAACACGAUAACUACUUACAGGAAGACAAGUCUAAACAGGUUCUUCUGCCUGCAAUUCACAAUAAGGUUCCUCAGCAGAAAACAUCUGCUGGGACUGAGAAUAUAAAUGGUGAACUUAAACCAAAAACUAGGCGAAGAUGGGGUCAUCUUGCUAGGACAGUGAAGAGCUCUGAAGACUGGGAUGGCUUGGAAGACCUUGAUUUCAGCUCUUCCAUCACAAGGACAGACUUGAAAAACAAGAAGAGGCAAAGUGAUGAAACUCUUUGUAGAUUUGAAAGUAUUUUGGACCUGAAGCCUUCAGAUCCUGUAGGCUCUGGCAGCAGUGCACCUUCCCACAUGACCUUUCCGCAGCAGGAUGCUCCCACAUUGCGAGUUUCUGCAGCAAAGCAACACUACUUGAGACAUUCUAGGUAUCUACCUGGAAUAAGCACAAGGAAUAGCAUAGUCUCCACGUCAAACAAAGAGUCGGCUCUGUCUAAUCCCUGGCCCAGUUCUGGUUUGUCUGGAAAAGCGUCCAGUUUGAGAGGAAGUAUUAGCAGGAUGAAUUCAGGGCCCAUAGGAUCAAGCGUUCUAACUAGUGGUUGUAUCCCUUCAUUUCUGAAGAAGGAAGUAGGCUCUGCUGGGCAGAGGGUUCAGUUAGCACCAGUUGUGGAUCCAUCUUCUGAUUAUGCUUCUCUGAAGUCAGCAAGACCCCAUCCUGGACGGCCGUCAUUCAAUUCACCUACAAAAAGCACCCCAAGGUUGAUGCCUCUGCCACCACCAGCUCAGCCCAUCCAUGGCCGUGUUGACUGGUCUGCAAAGUAUGGUGCUCACCGGUGACGCAGGGAAAUACUCGCUGAACCAGUGUGUGUUUCCCAUGAAAUGGUGACUAAUGUGAGACAAUUUGAUACUGUUUUAUAUACCUGUAAAUUUAAAAGAAACAGAUCUUCUAUGAACAAGACAUUUCCAAGGAUUUUAUUACCUUUUUUUUUUACUUUUUUUUUGUAUUAAUUUCAAUGCAAUCUUGUACCUUUUUGUAUAAAAUUGUUUUGUUAUAUAAUUGGGUCCAGUUAUUUUCAUAAAUCUGACACAUUUUGUAUAUAUGGUGUAGGGCAUUUGGCAGUUUUAUACAAUAAAUUUUUAUAAUGGACUUUUUUAAAAUUUAACUUUUCCUUUAUUAAAUUCAAAUUUUUUAUAAAAGUAGAUAAAGAAAGCCAAGUGGUGCAAUACUGCAGUGGAAGAGAAGUGCUGAGGAAGGGGCAUUCAUUAGACUUUUUCUGAAGCUGAUGUGCUAAAUGAGGCUGCAUAAUUUCAGUGAUGCCACGUCUUGAUGCCAUGCGUCUGUUGUCCUGCAAUCAUUUGCUUUGUACUGGCAUCAAACAAAUGAGUGACGACCAGCCUAAAGGCUCCUUUGCAGUCACUGGGACUGCUGAAAGGGAGUGGGAGAUGCUUUGUUUUCAUUUAUUUUUGCCUUUAAAAGGUUUUUGUUGGACUGCUGCCUGGCUUUCCAGUUCCAUUCCUUUGCUUUUACCAAAUUUGGGGAAUCUGUGUGCUUGGUAAAGGGUGAAUCCCCUUCUGUAGAUCUGUUUUCUGACACAGUGCUCGGUUGUCCUCCGUCAAAGUUGCUUCUUGGCAUUGUUCACUACGGAACAGAAGGUAGACCUACCUCUGUUAAAGUGUUCCAAUGAUUUCUAAGGAGAAGAAUCAGAUCCUGCUUCUUCCCUUUUUUAUUGAUGUUGGGAAUAUAAGAUCUGAAGGCAUAGUUAAGACAGUAUUAACAAUUGUAAAGCUGAUUGCAGAGGAACAAAGUAUUAGCGAUCUGCUAGCAGCAGAGUUUAAGAAAACAAUAUUUAUGCAGCUGACUUGGUUUUUACAACUUUUUAAAGUCAUUUAUUGAAAAAAUAUCUGAAGGAAAUAAGUCAGUUCAAGCUUACUUCAGUCAUUCACUUCAAUACAUCUUCACUUACUCAAAAUGUGAGGAAUAUGUCAACUUCUGUAGUUUAGGUCCCUGGGCUCUACUGGGGAAAACGGGACCUUGCCUGAAUCUGCUAAAAAUGUUCUGAAAUUGUGGUUGAUUCCACAGAAGCUGAUGCAGCUCUUUGAACAGCAGUUGAACUCAGUUUAUAAGAGAAAAUGAGUUAUUGAGUUAUAGAGAAAAGAAAAUAGCCCCAUAAUCUUGUGUAAGCCUCCAUUGGAAAGGAAUGCUGGAGUCCAGCCAUCAGCAAGAGGUUCACUAAGACCAUAGGCAGCAUUUGGCUGUUCCUGCACCAACUUGCGCAGAAGGGAGAUGGAACGGUGUGUGGAAGAGCAUCUUUUGUGGCUGUGUUGUGGAACAGCACCACCAGAGCUGAAGUGUGCUGGGAAAGGCAGCUUCCUGCAGAAGCGUCCAGAAAUGCUCCCAUUUCAGGAAACCUCAUCCGAGCUCGUUUUAUGAACGGAGCAGGCAACUGGGAUAUUUAUGAGACUUAAAUCCCAUCUAAAGGGAUCAGAGCGGGUAUUGUUCGUAGCAUUGGGCCAUUCUGAAGGAGCUGAAUGGCAAGGGUGUGGGUGAGAUCCUCUCUGUGGGAUCGGCCGGCACCCAUCGGGGGUGGCACUGCGUGUGCUGGCCUUUUUAACUCCUUCCCAUGGAGAAAUGUGGGACUUGGCAGAAACUCUCCCCUAUAGUAGGCUGCUGGCUCAGUGCUACAGGAGAGAGCUGUGAGGAGCUGUGGUCACUGCUUAGUCCACAGCGAGGCAGUAUGAGGCAAAAAGGGACCAAAAGGGUCCAUGUGUUUAAAAAAAACCCAUGCGUCUAAGACUUACAUAUGCCAAGGACAUGUUACGUGUCCGGCUACUCUGUUAUUUACUCAUAGCAAAUACUAACUCCAAACCAUACCUAACUGCUUCCAAAACAGAGAUGCCAAUGCAUAGCAGUGAAAUAAAGCAGCCAUUUGAUUUCUAAAGCACACACUGAUGGUGUCUUUGGGUAAGUGGAAAGGGAAAUAUUUAUAUUUGUGUUAGAACUGGAAAGAUAGUUGUUUCUCUUGAUGGAAAUAAAUAUCUGUAUUUAUGCCUAGAUAUCAUUUAAUUUAUUUUAUCAUUGAUUAAUUGCUCUGAAGAGACAACACCCUGAACCUGUCCUAAGUAUCCCUGGACCUCAGUAAGCAGUUUAAUUAGUCUGUUCCAUACACUUCAUUCCUGCUAGAGGAAGCAGGAGAUGAACAAGUCACGGGAACAAGCUGCUGAGGCUUGGACUCAUCCUCCCUAACCACAGGCAUGUAAGCGUGAGCUCCUUGGCUGUGAGCAGACUGUUCAAACCAGUGGGGAGCAAGAAUCAUGUCAAGAGAAAUUCAGCUCACCUGAGAAUCUGGUAGUCCUCUGGAGAUUCCUGGGUCUCUCCACUAAGGAUGGGGUCUACUCCACGUAUUUAAAGUCAUAUAGGAUGAAUCUGAACCUGGCCUGUAAUCUCUGAGCCAUUAUCAGCCUUGCAGAUUUUCUUGACUCUUGCAUUCAGGUUUUGGGCAGCCCAGCAAAAGAGGACG